AUGGGAAUAGUCAAGGAGAUUGUCGAGCUCACUCAUCAUACUGACCAUCUCAGUCUUGACCCCUCUUUAGUGCCUGCCGACAGCAGAUUAGCUUCUGAAUUCUCACCUCCCGUAUCUACCCAUUUAGGUCGUAUUUAUAAAACCCUAAAAGAACCAGCAAAGUUCGACUUUCUUCGGGAUGUGCAACACGAGUCCCAAGAUGUGGAUGCCACUCGUCAGGGGCCGGCGGACCCUCUCGCCUCCUUGGAUACAUUCGCUGCGUAUAUGUCCAGUACAGCGUCGUCUGCAGCACGCCCCGCAAAAAGGCAGGAGCUUUCUUCGCCAAUUGCGGACUAUUUCAUAUCUUCGAGUCACAAUACCUACCUGACCGGCAACCAACUGUAUAGUGACGCAGCUGCGAGCGCUUAUGCCAAUGUUCUUCUCACUGGUUGCAGAUGCGUCGAAAUUGACAUCUGGGACGGUGGCUCAUCAGACGAUGACGGUGAAGACGACACUAGCAGUAGCAGUAGUGAUGACUCCAGCCCCGAUGAAAAGAAGGUCGCUCGGCGUAAGAAGCAAGACAAUCCAAAGAAGGAAAAGCCCUCCCGCAUGAAAUCCGUUUCGUCCAGGUUGGGAGGCUUGUUGGGUCACAAGUCGCCUCAUCAUGCCGAGUCUGCUCCCAAAGAAACUGGCGUGGCUGCUGGUACCGCAAUGCCGGUGCCGCCACGUCCAGAGCCCAAAGUGCUCCAUGGUCACACGCUAACCAAGGAGGUAACGUUCCGGGAUGUAUGCCAUGUCAUUCGGGAUAACGCUUUCGUGACGAGCGACCUUCCGGUCAUUGUGAGUCUGGAAGUGCAUGCAUCACUCGAGCAGCAGGCCAUGAUGGUGGAGAUUAUGGAGGAGACCUGGAAGGGGAUGCUGGUGGAAGUCACACCCGAGAUCGCAGCCACCAACAGCCUUCCACCGCCCGAGGCUCUGAAGCGAAAGAUCCUGAUUAAGGUGAAGUAUGUGGCUCCAACGAGCCAAGGAGAGGCAGACGACAUGGAGGAUGAUCGCACAGACGAGCUCGAACCCUCGAGCCACCAACAACCCAGUCAGGGUGUAUCCAAUAGCUUAGCUACCACCGGCGAUCCCUCCGCCCCACCGGCCAAAAAGCCUUCGAAGAUCCUACAUGCUCUCAGUAGGCUGGCUGUUUUCACCAAAGGAUUUCACUUCAGCCAUUUUACACAACCAGAGGCCAAAGUCCCCGGACACGUGUUUUCCCUUUCAGAAAGUGCGGCCCGGGCAGCAUAUGCGAAGGAGCGGGACGCGCUCUUUGAGCACAACCGCCACCACUUCAUGCGGGUCUAUCCGUAUGGGCUGCGCGUAACGUCCUCCAAUUAUGAUCCGACCCCCUUCUGGCGAUGUGGCGCCCAGAUAGUCGCGCUGAACUGGCAGUACCUAGACAAAGGAAUGAUGCUCAAUCACGCCAUGUUUGACGGUGAGCAGGGCUGGGUGCUCAAGCCGCAGGGCUAUCGCGGAUCCGACCCCCCUGGUGGGGGCAACAUCAUCCGCAGUCAUCUUGAACUGACAAUUGAGGUUCUCGCUGGCCAAGCAAUUCCGCUGCCCCCGGGCGACACUAAGGAGAAGGGAUUCCAUCCCUACGUGAGCUGCUUGUUGCACAUCGAGACGCCGCCGGAGGAGGAAUCUGGAUCGGCCAACGCAGACGAUAGUACCGAUUCCGACGAGACUAGCUACAAGCGAACCAUCAAGAGCGACUACGGAUCCAACCCGGACUUUGGCGGGCAGAAGCUUGAAUUCCCGAAAUUGUCGGGUAUUAUCGAGGAGUUUACAUUUGUCAGGUUCAAAGUCAAAGACGACGAAUUCGGUCGCGACUCCAUGGCCGCCUGGGCAUGUAUCAAACUCAACCGACUCCAAGCGGGUUAUCGCCUAAUCCAUCUCCUGGACUGCUCCGGACGCGCAUCUGGCGGUGUCCUUCUCGUCCACAUCACCAAGGACAUCUCCUAA